CACUUUUUUUUUUUGGAACCGGUAGUGCCAUCCUCUCAAGCAACUCAAACCCCCACCCUUGACCUUUGCUCCGGUCCCAUCAUCCUUCACGCCUCUUACCAUCUGCCCCCUCGUUUUUUUUUCUUUCUUUUCUUUUCUCGCCAAGAGUGUUCAGUGAACGAACUACACAUCAAAAGAAACGUCCUUAAACGCGCACAAGAAUGGUCCUUUUCAAGAAGAUCUUGUCGGCUUUUGCCGUCCUUGGCAUUGCCACCCAAAUCCACGUUGAUGCUGCCCCUGCAAAGAUCGAGAAGCGCGUCCUUCUGCCAACGGCUCCCCUUGCCAGCGACAUUGACGGUGCCCACCUGCUUCUCCAAAACGACGUGGACUCGAGCAAGAUUAUCAAGAACGCCUAUAUACUCCUGAGCAAGCCCAGGGGUUACUACGAUGGAAUGGCAGCGUGUACUUCCAUGGGUGAUGGUGGAUACAUCUACAUUCCUGGAACUUCUGGAGCAACAGAGCUCGUCUCGCUCCUGAACAACAAUGCUCCUGCACAGAAGGAGGUCUCUCGCUUCGCGCAGUUUUGGGUUUAUAAUGGCGUCCCUGGAAUCCUAAGCAACUGUCUAGCGGUCAACAAGAACAAUGGCAAGACCGAUUGGAUCCCCUGCAAAACUCAGCUGCCAACGGUCUGCUUCAACAGCGUCAUGCGUCGUGUCCUGCUCUUUGACGAUACCUCGCGUCAGGUCAAGGUCAAUACCCCUGUCGGCCAGAUCCAGGGCUGGCGUGAUCAGAACGCUUUCCGCUUCUUGGGUAUCCCCUACGCUGAAGCUCCAGUCCAACAGCUUCGCUUUGCUGCCCCAGUCGCUAAAGCCCCAUUCACGAAAACCUGGGAUGCCAUCCAUUACAAAGGAGUCUGCCCACAGACGGCCCAGUCUGCAGGAUUUAUUCCUUUGGUGCUUAGCUACCUCGAGAACGGCGCUACCGAGCAGGAGGACUGUUUGAACCUGAACGUCUAUACCCCCAGUUUGAAGGGCCAGGGCGAUGAGUUGCUUCCAGUCAUGUUCUAUUUGCACGGAGGAGGAUUCACAACUUACUCGGGCUCUGUCAUCAUCUUUGAGCCUGGUAAUAUGGUCUCUCGCGGCGGUGUUGUUGUUGUCACCAUCAACUACCGUCUCGGAAUGCUCGGAUGGUUCGAGGACAUCUCUAAAUGGGGCCGUUCGGCCGUUCCUGGAAACCAGGCCUUCCGCGAUCAGAUUCUCGCUCUCCAGUGGGUCAAGAAGAACAUCGCUUCGUUUGGUGGAGAUCCUAACCGUGUCACCGUCUUUGGUGAAAGCGCUGGAGCCACCAGCAUCCGCGCCUUGCUCUCUGCUCCUUCGACCUUUGACCUCUACCAGAGCGUUAUCGGAGAGAGUGACCCAAUCAACAUCCCUUUCAAGACAACCGACAAGGCCGCUUCAAUCGCUCAGUAUUUCAUGCAGGCAUUGAACUGUCCCUCCAAUGACUUGGACUGUGCUCGCUCUCGCCCUAUCGAUCAGGUCUUGGAAGCCCAGAAGACCGCCAACGACAAGGCUCUUGCUGAUGACAAGUGGACUACUUGGGCCCUUGUCGAGAGACCCACCAUCGACGGCGACUUGAUCCCUGCAGAGUUCUCGGCACUGGUCAAGUCAGGCAAGUACAACACCAAGGCUAACAUCAUGUGGGGAACCGUCCAUGACGAAGCUGGUCUCUUCGUCCCUCAGUACUUCCCCAACCCUGUGCCAGUGUCCAAUGCCUCACAGGCACUCCAGCUCUUCUUUGAUGCCAACCGUACUGCUAUGAUCUUGGGAUCCCAGUACUUCCAGAUCAACCCUAAUGACUCUGAUGCUGUCCGCAAUCUCUUCACCCUUGCUGGCACGGAGUAUUACUUCCUCUGCCCACUUCGCUACCUCAGUCGUCAGAUGACCAAGGUCAAGAAGGUGUACAACUUCCGCUUCAACCGCGGUCGAGACACACCCCUGGUUGGCGAUAACUACUGCUCCUCCAGCACUGGACGUGUAUGCCACUCGGCUGAUAUCCAACCGGUCUUUGCCAGUGGUGCUGCGGUGCCUGGCUUCAAGCAGACCGGCGACGACGCCCGAUUCGCACGCCAGAUUGUCGAUCGAUUCACUACGUUCGCGAAAUCCGGCAAUCCCAACCCUAAGGCUGGCCAACCCGGUUUUGAGCUGUCGAACGCGGAUGUAACGGGUGUGAACUGGCUGGCUUACGAUGACACGAACCCGAUCCUGGAGCUGAACGUCCAGAGCUCGAUGUCGAAGAAUGCCGAGAACGAUCCCUGCACAUGGAUCGAUACCGAGUUUCUGUACGAGUUCUGGCGUCAGGUCCCUAAUAAUUUGCCUUGAAACAUUGCUUCGUCUUGUUCCUGAGGGCAAUUGGUCCUAUUGCUUUCCUACUACUUAAUUCAUUAUUUAGCCAUGUACAUACAUACCCUCCUCCUUUUCGAGUGUAGCACUUGCAGCACUUCAAUUAUUCACGCAUUUUGUGGGAUAAUAAUAAAAAAAAACCAAGUCAAA